GAGAAUAACUAAUAACCAAGGCCGCUUUAGUCCGAGAAAAUCUUUUUAGGAGACUUGAACAAUUUGCGGGCGGCCUCAACGCAUGCCUCCAUUGGGAAUGGAGGGAUUAUCGCCAACAGUUUACCUUUUUCGAGGGGAGGGUCAAUCUGCAUACCGCCACAACACUCAUCCAGCUGGCUUUGACUUAUUCCGUAAGGCCAUGAUGAUACCAAGCCCCCGAGAAGGAAAGGAUUAUUCUUUCUUUAACAGAUCCAUAGUCAGGUAGCGUCUGUUUGACAGAAUCCUGGACGCGUUAUUUGCUCGAGAGAAUUGAACUAGAUUGACCCACCAACGGUCAGACAUCGCUCG